UCCCCGCCUGCUCUCCCGCGGCCGGGGAGGAGGCGCCCGAGAGCCAGGCGGCGGCACCGGCCGGGAGCGGCGCGGACGAGCGGCGCCGGGAAGAUUUUUCCAGCAGCUCACAGUGUCAACGAUAGUAUUAUCGAUGAAUUUACAGCAGAUCUUCUGCAUUGGGCUGCUCAGUUUAGUGUGCUGUGUGUUUGGCCAAACAGAUAAAAAUAGGUGCUUGAAAGCCAAUGCCAAAUCAUGUGGCGAAUGUAUCCAGGCAGGCCCGAACUGUGGGUGGUGCACCAAUUCGACAUUUUUACAAGAAGGGAUGCCUACUUCUGCACGAUGUGACGAUUUGGAAGCCUUAAAGAAGAAGGGCUGCCAUCCAGACGACAUAGAGAAUCCCAGAGGCUCCAAAAACAUAAAGAAAAAUAAGAAUGUGACCGAAAGGAACAAAGGCAUGGCGGGGAAGCUAAACCUGGAAGACAUCACUCAGAUCCAGCCGCAGCAGCUGGUCCUGCAGCUGCGCUCAGGAGAGCCACAGACAUUUACAUUAAAAUUCAAGAGGGCUGAAGACUACCCUAUUGAUCUCUACUACCUUAUGGACCUCUCUUACUCGAUGAAGGAUGAUUUGGAGAAUGUCAAAAGUCUUGGGACAGAACUGAUGAAUAAUAUGAAGGGGAUUACGUCAGACUUCCGAAUUGGGUUUGGCUCCUUCGUGGAGAAAACAGUGAUGCCUUACAUUAGCACAACACCAGCAAAGCUCAGGAAUCCUUGCACCAGCGAGCAGAACUGCACCAGUCCCUUCAGCUACAAGAACGUGCUCAAUCUUACCGACAGAGGAGAAGUGUUCAACAACCUUGUUGGCAAACAGCGCAUAUCUGGAAAUUUGGACUCCCCUGAAGGAGGCUUUGACGCCAUCAUGCAAGUGGCUGUUUGUGGAUCCUUGAUUGGCUGGAGGAAUGUCACACGGCUGCUGGUGUUUUCCACUGAUGCUGGGUUUCACUUUGCUGGAGAUGGGAAACUUGGUGGCAUUGUUUUGCCCAAUGAUGGCCAGUGUCACCUGGAGAACAACAUGUACACGAUGAGCCAUUAUUACGAUUACCCCUCCAUCGCACACCUUGUCCAGAAGCUGAGUGAGAACAACAUUCAGACGAUUUUUGCUGUUACUGAAGAAUUUCAGCCUGUUUAUAAGGAACUGAAAAAUCUGAUCCCUAAGUCAGCGGUAGGAGUGUUGUCUGCCAAUUCCAGCAAUGUAAUUAACCUCAUCAUUGAAGCAUACAACUCCCUUUCUUCAGAAGUCAUUUUGGAAAACACCAAAUUGCCAGAAGGAGUAACCAUAAAUUACAAAUCCUACUGCAAGAAUGGGGUGAAUGGAACAGGAGAAAACGGAAGGAAAUGUUCCAAUAUUUCCAUUGGCGAUGAGGUACAUUUUGAAAUUAGCAUAACUACAAAUAAGUGUCCAAAUAAGAACUCAGAAACCAUUAAAAUCAAGCCUCAGGGCUUCACCGAGGAGGUCGAGGUCAUUCUUCAGUUCAUCUGCGAGUGUGAGUGCCAGAGCGAGGGCAUCCCCCAGAGCCCCAAGUGCCACCACGGCAACGGGACAUUCGAGUGUGGCGCGUGCAGGUGUAAUGAAGGGCGCGUGGGAAGACACUGUGAGUGCAGCACGGACGAGGUGAACAGUGAGGACAUGGACGCCUACUGCAGGAAGGAGAACAGCUCUGAAAUCUGCAGCAACAACGGCGAGUGUGUGUGCGGCCAGUGUGUCUGCAGGAAGCGGGACAACACCAACGAGAUCUAUUCUGGCAAGUUCUGCGAGUGCGACAACUUCAACUGCGAUCGGUCCAAUGGAUUAAUCUGCGGAGGCAAUGGUGUGUGCAGGUGUCGUGUGUGUGAGUGCUACCCCAACUAUACCGGCAGCGCGUGUGACUGUUCUCUGGAUACCACGCCGUGUGUAGCUACGAACGGGCAGAUCUGCAACGGCCGGGGCGUGUGCGAGUGCGGCAUGUGCAGGUGCACGGACCCCAAGUUCCAAGGGCAGACCUGCGAGACGUGCCAGACCUGCCUCGGCGUCUGCGCCGAGCACAAAGAGUGUGUUCAGUGCAGAGCCUUCAAUAAAGGAGAGAAGAAAGACCGGUGCGCACAGGAGUGCUCUCAUUUCAACCUCACCAAGGUGGAAAGCCGGGAGAAGCUGCCGGAGCCCGUGCAGGUGGACCCGCUGUCGCACUGCAAGGAGAAGGAUGUGGAUGACUGCUGGUUCUACUUCACCUACUCGGUGAAUGGGAACAAUGAAGCCAUUGUGCAUGUUGUGGAGACUCCAGAUUGUCCCACUGGCCCAGACAUCAUUCCAAUUGUUGCCGGUGUGGUUGCUGGAAUUGUUCUUAUUGGCCUGGCAUUACUGCUGAUUUGGAAGCUUUUGAUGAUAAUUCAUGACAGAAGGGAAUUUGCUAAAUUUGAAAAGGAGAAAAUGAAUGCCAAAUGGGACACGCAAGAAAAUCCGAUUUACAAGAGUCCUAUUAAUAAUUUCAAGAACCCAAACUAUGGACGUAAAGCUGGUCUCUAAGUGGCCGGUGAAAAUCCUAUUUAUAAGAGCGCCGUGACAACUGUAGUUAAUCCAAAGUAUGAGGGAAAAUGAGUCCUACCUGUGCAAACUUCACAACACUGAAUGCAAAGUAGCGAUUUCCGUAGCCACAGUAAGGUAGCUUUAGGGCACUAUUGCCAUGGUUUUACUCAUGGGCAAGUUUUGACAAUGUAUAAUAUGUAUAAUUUUAAAAUUUUUUUUUAUUAUUUUGAAAAUAAUGUUAUAAUCCAUGCCAGGGACUGACAAAAGACUUGAGACAGGAUCAUGAUCCUUGUCAGCUAAGGUCACAUUGUGCCUUUUUUGACCUUUUCUUCCUGGACUUUUGAAAUCAAGCUCUUACUGAAUUAUGUGACAUUUCAAAGGUGAUUGAAAGCUCAGUAGUGAGCGUGACGAGAGUUUCUGUUAAUCAUGUAUUAAAACUGAUUUUUAGCUUUACAGGCAGUUUUCAGUUACACGGAAUUCCAAAGUAAGCGUCUUGCUAGGUAGUUUAGGAUUGUUUUCAAUCUGUUGCUGUUUGCCUGUUAGGCAUGAUUGAUGACAUAGCUGAAAGAUGUGUUGAGAGUUACUGGUGUAAAACUGUCUUAGAAUUGUGGAUCUGCAGAGGCCAUGGGAAAAAUUCAGAGAGUUAGGAAGGAAAAACCAAUAGCUUUAAAACCUGUGUGCCAUUUUAAGAGUUACUCAGUCUCAGUGACUUUUAUACCUUUUCUCUAUAAAUUUAAGCCUUGGAUAAAAGUACUGGGAACUUUCUGCUAGAGUCUUUGAUUUAGCACUAUUUACCUAAAGGCCAUAAUGCACGUAGUGUUUGCUAAUCAGGGACAUUUGAAUUGGAUUUAUUUUGUUAUUUUUUAAUACCUGGUGCUUUUUGUCACCUCCUCUAAUCCCUUAACAUAGUCGCAGUUCAUCUGAGACUUUUUUUUAAACCAGUUCUUUCUCUUUUGAAGCUGUAGCUGUACAUUUGCCUUUUUCAUGAACAUGCAAAGCUGUAGCUUGUGCAGCAGCAGCCACUCAGGCAGCUGUCCCUUCCUGCGGGCCUGAGCAGACACUGCAUAUUCACUUCUCACUGGCAGAGCUGCUGGCUUCUUUCCAUGCUAGUCACGUUCUUGUUUUAAGUGCCUUUUAAUUUUAACAGUUCACUUUUUACAAUGCUGUUUACUGAAGUUAUUUAUUAAAUAAAAAUGCCUAAAAUACUUAAAUGGA